GGAAACCUUCAGUGAUAGCCUACCUGACUGCUUGCGCGCGCCCAGAAGAAAUGUUUACCAUGAAACCGACCUGGGAUAAUAGGACCUAAAUGUAUCGAGGUGUUUCGCACUGACCAGUUUUAUCUAAUAUUUACAUUCGGUGAAGUUACAUAGUUUUUUUUUGCCACUGAACAUCGAUGCUGAGGAUCACAGGAGCGGCUGAAGACUGAAGCGACUGGCUUUUUCUUCAAACAAACGACCCCUUCCCGUUUGAUAUCUGUGAUUAUUCCAUCCAUUGCGCUUCCUCAAUACCGUACUUUGAAAGAGAAUUCACCUGCCAUGGCUUGGAAAGUAGGACUCGUACUUCUUCUUUGCUGGGGUUUCAGCUCGUGCGAGCCCCCAUACGAGGAUGAUUCGCUGGAGCCUGAGGAGACAGCGCGCGCAGAAAUGCAGAGGGUCCCUCCGCAAACUUUGGAUUUCGGAUUCGUGCCCUCAGUGGUCUACGAGACACAUGCUUAUUACGAACCAGGAGCCAUUGGGGCACUGUUCCAUAUGGUGCAUGCUUUCCUCUAUGCGGUUCAGCCCAAUCCUUUCCCUAAAGAUCUCAUCAUUAAAGUGAUUCAGCAGAACAUGGGUGGAAUCAAGCUUGAGGAGUACAAGAAGCCGGAGAACGUUGUUCUAGCACUACAGGCCAUCUACUACGAGCUGGGCUUCCUGGUGCUGGGCGUGAUGGGGGUGCUGUUCGUGCUGUUCACGCCCCUGGUGGGCCUGUGCUUCUGCAUGUGCCGCUGCUGUGAUAACUGCGGAGGGGAGAUGCACCAGAGGCAGAGGAAGAACGCUGACUGCCAGCGCGGCUUCUACACCACCAUGCUCAUCGCCACCUCCGUCUUCCUCACUGGUGGAGUGCUGGUUGCAUAUUCAGCCAACCACAACCUGAGUUCCCACAUCAGAAGCACCAGGAGACUGGUCAACACCAACAUCAGAGACCUCAAGUCCUUCGCCAACACCACACCAACACAAAUAGACUUCCUGACAGCUCAGUACACCACAGCCAAAAACAAGGUCCUCUCCGACCUGGACAACAUUGGGACGUUACUUGGUGGACAGAUUCAAAGCCAGUUAGAGAAAGACGUUGUUCCCGCUCUGGAUAAUGCCCUACGCAUGACUGGAGUCAAAGUGGAGAGUGCUAUCAAAGCCAUGCGGGAGACCAAGGAGGCGCUGGAGAAUGUCAGCACGUCCCUGGAGACGCUGCAGGAGGCCACAGGGCGGCUGCAGAACAGCCUGCAGAGCGAGCGCACGUCCCUGAGCAACACGCUUAACGACCCGGCCUGCACCAACGGAGACGUCUCGCACACCUGCAACACCGUCAGGGGCACGCUCAGCCAGCUAGCCCUCAGUGCCAACUUUAACAGGCUCCCUGAUGUGAACCCCCAGCUGGCCAAUGUGGAUGAUGUCCUUAAAACUGACCUCAGCAAUAUAGUCCAGAAGGGCUACUCAGCCUUCAACAACACACCUAAGCUGGUCACAGAGCAGACCCAAAAUGUAGUCUCAAAUCUGCCUCGGGUAAAAGGCAUGUUGGAUAAGGUCGGAGCAGAGGUCAUUGGCUUCACAAAAAUGUUUCCACUGGAGCCAGCUCUGGUCAACUUCACCAAGUUCCUGACAGACGGGCAGAAGGACAUUGAGGCCUUCUACCCUCAGAUCGACCAGCUCGACUUCUACAGGUGGAUCGGCUGUGUAGCGGUCUGCUGCAUGGUGGUUCUCAUCCUGGCCUUUAACUUUCUGGGCCUACUCUGUGGAACCUGUGGCUAUGACAAGAACGCCUCCCCCACCACGCGCGGCUGCCUGUCCAACACUGGUGGCAACCUCCUCAUGGCUGGUGUGGGUUUCAGCUUCAUCUUCUCAUGGGCACUCAUGGCAAUCGUGGUGUCCACGUUUGUCGUCGGGGGCAACGUCGAGAAACUGAUCUGUGAGCCACUGGCCAAUAGAGAGCUGUUCAAGAUCAUUGACACACCAUUCAUGGUGCACCCAGCAAAGAAGAACUUCCUGCCAGGCAUGCUGUUUAAUGACCCAAACAUCGACCUGACCCUCGGCAGCAUGUACAGGGACUGCUACGACAAUAAUGGCCUCUAUUCAUCUCUACAGUUAGAGAAAAAGUUUAACUUCAACAAUUUCCUCAAUGGCACUGUGUACAACCCAGAGCUGGCCAAAGUGUUUAACAGCAUAAGGGUGGACAUGGAGGGCAUAGUGCUGUUGGAACAAGAAGGGAGGGAUAAUCUGCUCAACUUUGCCAACACUGGCGUUGGCGAGAUAGAGUACGAGGACUAUCUGGCUGAGGUGAACAAAGGCGUGACUGUGGUGGAUUUGUUAUCGUUCGCCAACGAACUGGAAGCCCAGGCCGACCAACUGCCUCGAGGAGCACUGGCCAAUGCACUCAAGGGUCACUCCAGCAGCAUCCGACAGAUACACAAGGAGCAGGUGGUGCCAAUGGAGCAAGCCAUGAAAUAUGUGCGCGCUCGGAGUACUCUGAGUUCCAGUAUUCGGCUGCUGGAGAGAACAGCCAAGGAGCUGCCGAAUAAAGUCACCAAUGUGCUGACUGCUAUUGACUCUGCAGAAUACCUCAUCACCAACAAUGGUUCAUAUGUUGUCAAACAGGAGACGGACAAGUUUGUGCAGAGAGUGGUGGGGUAUUUCAAACAAUACACAAACUGGGUCAAACUCUCGCUUGAUGGCGAGGUGGCCCAGUGCAAGCCCAUCAGUAACUUAGUGGACUCCCUGGAGAUCGUAGCCUGCAGCUUCAUAGUGGAUUCUGUGAACACUUUCUGGUUUGGACUUGGUGGAUGCUGUUUGUUCUUAAUCCCAAGCAUCAUUCUGUCUAUAAAGCUAGCCAAAUACUACAGGAGAAUGGAGACAGAAGAUGUUUUCGAUGAUGGUAAUGAGAACUGGAGCUAAUCUGUCCUCCCUGUGAGUGACGGUGGAGGAAUCACAUUCCAGAGAAAAGAAGAAGAAUGGAAGCUAGCGGGGGAAACUGCAUCAGAGUGACCUCAUCAGAGGUCAUUUCAAAGCAUCUCCUCACUGCUGACAUAACCACUACCCUUACAACACACCUUCGGUCGCUCCACCCCUCACUCACACCUCCACAGGCCCAGAGAACCCCUCUCUACUCAGAACUGACCAGCUCUGCCCAUCAAGAACCCAGACAAGUCCCUCAGUCCACCAGAACCCUUCACCUCUGGUCAACCACCCUGACCUGUCGUUCUUCAGCAAAGGAAGCGUCUACAAACUGCACAAAUGCCCAUAGUACAUUUCACAAAAAAUGUGUUUGUUUUUGUAUUCCAAACACUGCGAAAGACAGAAUGAACUGACCCACUGAGCGUGACCCUGCAGUUUGAGUGAUGACGAGCUUCCCUCUGUGAUCACGAAUGUAUAUUUCUAUUCAUAUCAGCACUGGCUUUGACCACUACGCACGUGCAAGCUGAAAACCGUGUCACAAAUGUAUGUUUUUGUAUUUCACUUUCAAAACACUUUUUUGAAAGUUUUAUAUAUAUUUUUGUUAAUACUUUUCUAAACAAUGUUAAUAGUGAAUUCUUUUUUGUGUGUGUGUGCGGAUGUGAUUAUGACUUUAUGAUCAAAUAUGGCCGUAGUCUUAUCCAGUGUGGCACAAGUAGGAAAGAGCAUUGUCAAAAGUAAGUUCAGGUCACUCUCAAACUGACUUACUGUCAGAGACGUCUGAAUAGUGUGUUUUAAUACAGGCUCGCAUUCAGAAUGGUCCAUAUUUGCCAUCAUACCUCUUAGUCUUACACUGACAUUAACUCUCAGAGUUUGUACAAAAGGGAUCUUAAACCGUGAUAGGCAAGGGAGCUUGGUAGCUGAAUCAUAAUGAAAAAUGUAAUGAAAAUUGUGACUUUUUUAUGAUUAUUUAUGUCAGUCAGCAUCAACAGUAGAUGUAAGAGUGUUUCAAAUUUCACUAGCAGAAAUUUGAUUAGGUGUUAAUUAUUAACCUAUAAACCAGCAUUUAUACAACGUAUACACAAACUCAUUGAUGUAUUAACCUCAUGUCAUUGUAGAGGCCAAACACUGGAUGAGAACGACAGUCCUGGAAGCCAAAACUAGUAGUUGUCAGGAGUAUGAUGAAAGGUACUUUAGUUUAGUAAAGGGUGCGUUAUCAGGUGAUAACCUGCAUUGGCCAUGGUCAUCAGUAUUCAAAUCCAAAAACUACAGCAUAUAUGACAUUCCCAAAAGAUCUUAUUUACAUUUUUUGGUUGACACCUACUUUGAGGGGAAAGCUGUAUGCUUCAUAGAGCCUAGUUAUGAUAUUACGUAGUGUAUGAUUUAGUCUAAAGUGUUAAUGUCUGUCAGAGAGAGACGAUCCAGAUGUUACACACCUCUUGCAUAAUUCCCCCCCAAGUAAGUGUUGCUGUAUUUUUUUUCAGUGUUUCACUGUACUCUUUAUUCAUUUUCUUUUCUCUGUCCUCACGGAGUCAUGUUGCAGUGGUCUGGUAGUGUACCUGGACUACAGGACAGCACUCAGAGGCACGGGACCGUAACGUCAGCACUCCUGGUGUCUGAACAAGGAGGGGCCGCUGAUCAAUGUGAAUAUGAGUCCGCUGGGGGGGACAACCACUGAAAUAGCUCUUGAGCAAUUGUGUGGACAUAAAUCAUGAUUAAAGAGUAAUUUGUAAAAUGUGA